AUGAUAAAUUUGAUUCGAUGCUUUAGAUUCCUCAAUUCCUUUAAUCUUAUAAAGUUAGUAAAUGAAGUAACAGAAGAUGUUUUCUCAACUGCAAUAGACUGUGAUCAUAACUUCGAGCAACUAUUCAAGUGGAAGUCAUUCGACAACGGUUUUAGUGAGGCUAAGUUAAUCAAGAAGCCAAUAUUUUUUCUUAUAUACAAAUUAGGUUGUCCCGCGUGUGAUCAAUUGAAAGAAAAAUUUUCAAAAUCAGUGCGACUGAUGGAUCUUACCGAUCGAUUCGUGAUGAUAAAAUUGGAAGCGCAAAAUAAUAAAAUUCUAAAUAAGGAAAAGUUUCAACCUGAUGGGAAAUACGUUCCCAGAAUUUUAUUUUUCAAUUCAGAUGGUAAUUUGAUCGUGGAAGCAUAUAAUAGACACCAGAAUGCCGACCAGAGUAACAAAUAUUUUUACAAAAAUCCCUCAGAAAUUGUAGAAACGAUGUUGUUCGUUUUGAAAGAAUAUUAUAACGAACCUUUGCCAAUGGUUCUUUGA